AAAUUUCAUAAAAUUACCUUCUCUUUACGUUCCCAGCCAUCGUGUCUACAUAUACAAAGUAUUCAUACAAAGUAUACAAAGCAUAUAUACACAACGACGCAUAAUAAACUGUACGCAAUGGAGCAACAGCUCAACGCCAUCCUCAACGCCCACGUCGCCACCGCCACCACCCCGUCCGGCACCGGCACGCACGACAAGCUCCUCGGCGCCUCCUUCGCCGUCGUCGCCGUCGUCUCGAGCAAGGAAGCAACAAUCGACGGCGACACCACGCCCUCCCGCGGAAGCGCCAUCAUCCCCUACGCCGGAUCCGCGGGCCGCAUCGGCUUCGGCUUCGACCACGACCAAGUGUCGUCGGCCCCCUUUGCCGGCGCCUCCCUCGCCUACGUCGCCUCCCUGACCAAGCUCGUCACGACCACGUGCCUCAUGCAGCUCGUCGAGCGCGGCGUCUUGUCCCUCGACCAAGACGUGCGGGUGCCUGAGCUGGCCGACGCGCGCAUCCUGCGUGGCUUCGAUGGCGCGGGCCGGCCCGUGCUCGAGACCAACACGACGCCCAUCACCAUGCUCCUCACCCACACCGCUGGCCUGGGCUACGACCUCGCCGACCCGGCCCUCACCAAGUGGUCCGCGCACGUCGGCCGCCGCGCCACCAACCUCGACUGGAGCAGGCCCGGCUUCACGACGCCCCUGAGCUUCGCCCCGGGUUCGGGCUGGUGUUACGGUACCGCCAUCGACUGGGCCGGGCUCGUCCUGGAGGCGGCCACGGGCCAGACGCUCGGCGAGUACAUGCAGACGCACAUCUUUGCACCCCUGGGCAUGCGCGACACGGGCUUCUGGCCCGAGAAGCUGCCCCAGACGGCGUCCCGCGCGGUCGCCUUCUCAUACCGCGACGCGACCACGGCAGGACUUGAGCCAGGCCCGCCGUCGGUGCCAGAACAACACGACGUCGAGAGCGGCGGCGCGGGCCUAUACACGACGGCCGACGACUACGCCCGCUUCCUGCGAGGUCUGCUGGCCGGCGAGCUCGUCAGUGACGCCACGCUGGACGAAAUGCUCAAGCCGCAGCUGAAUGACACCCAGAGAGAGAUGCUCGAAGCCACCGUCUACCGCUCCGGCGUCCAGGACGGGUUCGCGCCCGAGUUCCCGACCGGGCUGGCGCUCAACCACGGCCUCGGGGGCGUCAUCAACAUGGAAGACGUGGACGGCAAGAGGCGCAAGGGGAGCAUGAUGUGGAGCGGCGCGUGCAACAGCCACUGGUGGAUCGACCGCGAGUCGGGCAUCGCCGCCGUAUUGAUUGUCAAUGUCCAGCCGCACGGGGAUGCCGUCGCGGUGCGCCUGUACGACGAGCUCGAGCGAGCCGUGUACGCCCACCUCGUGCGAUACAGUAUCUAG